AUGAGUCUACAAUCAUCUCCUUGCAAAAAUCCUUCACGCGGUCCCAUUAAGUGUGGCCGCUAUCUGCAGGCCCGUUUAACGAAGACGCGCCUGUGCAAGUAUAUAACCGAGCGAGGAAGCUGCGAAGCGGGCAGUGCCUGUGCAUAUGCACAUUCAGAGGCAGAAUUGGUUCCCAGACCUGAUCUUCGGAAAACUAAGCUGUGUUAUGCAUUUCUGGCUAACAGAUGCAAACUGGGGGAUGCCUGUUCGUAUGCCCAUACAAGCCAAGAACUUAGAGAGGUUCAACGCCUGGUUCUCCCCCUCGACGAGAGUGAAGCGGACACCAUAGAGCCCAACUUUUGUUCUCCCUACGUUGAAUACGUAACACCUCCAAAUUCACCAUCACCCUACCGUGCUAAAAAGGCCCAAACAACACAGAGAGUCGACUCCACGGCCAACGUGCAAGGACCCAUUCAGAACAGUGUGGCCGAUUCGACCGACUAUACGCCUCCGAAGACGUUGUUCAUUCCUUUGCCUAAACAUGGGGAUCAGACGGAAACUAGAAAAGAACACACAAAACAGGUAGAGGAAGUAGUUGGGGGCGAGUCAACGCCAGAGACGCCUUUGCUGAGUGACCACCCUCAAGUUGCGGCAGCACUUCAACAGAACUGCUUAAAUGACGAGAAAGGUUUGAUAUGGCCGCAUUUCGCAAAACUCCAGAGUUUCUUUCAUGCCGAAAAUCAACCCGCGUGGACACAAUCAACUCCAACUCCACAUGUCGACAGGAGUUUUGUUACUUGCAAUGCAGCUCCAGCACAGGCUCGCCAUCUGGUCCCUGUACAAGCGUCUCCUGCGUCUCCAGGGGCAUAUCUUCCUCUCGCUCCCGCAGGAAGCCUUUCAACAUCGCCUUACUUCCCUCAAAACCCCUCCCAGAUUUGUCCCAUUAUGGUACCCUUCUGGAAUCAGUUCAUCAAUAACACAGUUCACUCCUCCCCAGGGGUCUUGUGCACACCGGCUUUUCAGAUGCAGCACCCGAGAAGUCAGUAUCCACAGAAUGGAGCGUUCUGCUAG